AUGUCGAAGAAGAAAAAGUCAGCAUCUUCAAGUCGAAAGACCACUCCAGGCUCAUCAAAGGCCUCUAGCAGAAAGAACUCUCCACCACCCAAAAAAUCAGCUCUACUGCCUCACGAGCCCAUGUCAAAGCCAGUACAAGUAAUCGUCGAGCCCGCACAGCCUGAAGAGGAAGAGCCGUGGUGGAAACCGAAUAAAGAGGAAAUUAUGGCACUUGUUAUCUUUCUCAUAAUUUCCACCAUAAUCAACAUAGCUUCCCACAAUGGGUUCAUAAAGGGGUUCCGGGUUUAUUUUGAUAUUAUAGUCCCGGACGUUUAG